AUCUCUAGAUGUAGGUGUGCAGACAUUUCUACCUUUACUGUCAUACGACCAUCACGUUUUCAUCAUGGAAGAACCUUAUGUGGCGUGCGCUGGUUCAGAUGCUUCGUCCACGCUAAAGCAGAAGAGAUUAGAACAGCUUAUUGGAGAUAUCUGGGCCUUUUUGGAAGAAUAUUUGACACUGCUGAACACACAUGGAGCAGAGUUCAUAUCUGCUGGACACUGGGAAAAAUUGGUGCCUGUAUCUGUCAGGCCAGUUUUGUUGUCCUUAUCUGAUGAAGAGCUUUGUGAUCUUCCAUUGGGAAAGGCUGAAUUUAAAAAUUGUACAACAUCAAAUGAGGAAUUCAAGACAGGAGUGCAAUGGCUGAAGAGUUUUAUCCAAGCUGCUCUACAGUUUCAUAUGGAAAAUACCAACACACUUCAGUCCAUAGACACUGUGCUAGGAGAAGGGAAAGUGUUGAGUGAAGGUCGUGAAGUUGUCUCAGAGGCCAUGUGCCAGAAAAAGGUCCAUGAGGUUGGCCUCAUGUCAGAGGUUGUUGUUGCUAUGUGUAGCGCCUGUUCUGCUGAUUUGGUUAUUGACAUUGGCAGUGGCAAAGGUUACUUGAGUUGUGAGUUGGCAAGACAACAUCAUAUGCCAGUGCUAGGGCUGGACUCAAGGGAAGGGAACACGCACAGUGCAGCCAGCCGUGACAGUCGACUGAGCAAGAGGUGGGCCGGUCUCACCCGCAGGCAGCAGAGGCAACAAGAGAUGAAAAAAAAGAGCAGCCAGAAUUCCUCAAGUGGUACCCAAAAGACUCUCUGUGAAAAGGAAAGACCUUCAAAUUGUGAUUCUUCUGUUUCAAAGUUAGUUCAUAAUAGUCGAGGCAAUACAGAUGAUGUAAAGCCCAAAAGCACCACCCUUGAAAGAGGACAGAGCCCAUCAAGUGGUGGCUCUUCUGGAGUAUGUGAUCAUCCCUUGACUCAGGACAUUGAGGAACAGAUCAAAAUGUGUACUCUUAAUCAGAAGGAAAAGAAUGUAUCGGAGUCCACUGUGGAUUCAUCAGAUAAUGACAUUAAACGUCAUGGUAACAGAAACAAUAAAGUGGAUGCUGAGACUACCUGCUUUAGCCCUGUACUGGACUCCGAUGGACUGGGAGAUGGGGAAGCGCCAUCUUCUGUUCCUGAAGUUGUGCAACAGAAUGGAAGUGGGCCAUCCUCUUCAAAUAAAGGACUCUAUGUUCCAGUCACAAUGUAUGUUCAACCUGACAUGAAUGUUCGUAAUAUCCUUGCUAGUACUGCUGCACAUCUGUGCAGAGAUCGACCCGUUUCAGACGCCCGGCUUCUUGUUGCAGGUCUUCAUACAUGUGGUAGCCUAGCAGUGACCAGCCUACAGUUGUUUAUACAAGACCCAGGAGCUGUGGGUUUGUGCUCUGUGGGAUGCUGUUAUCACCUCAUGGAGGAAGGUUUUAGCCAAGAUACAUGUGGUGAUGUCGACUCGCACUUUCCACUCAGCCAAUAUGCCAAGAGGAAACAAAUACAUUUGGGUCGUAAUGCAAGGAAUGUAGCUUCUCAAGCUGUUCAUCGUAUCCACGCUUCUCGGCAGCUUCAAGGAGGAGACUUUUUCUGGCGGGCUUUGCUCGAAGUUUUAAUACAUGAUCUGGAGCUGUCUGUGCCUGAGAGGAUUGUGGGGAUGAGGGGCCUCGUCAAACGCAGCAAAUGUUUUUAUGAAUACGCUGUGGCUGCCUUCAAGAAACUGGGUCUGCCAUCAGAGAAGCUUCUUCAGGGUGAUGUUGAGGCUUUAGAGCAUUGCUGUGCUGGAGAUCAACUUAAGAUGACGACUUUCUUCCAGUUGAAACUGGCGCUGGCCCCAGUGGUAGAGACGUUGAUUCUGGCUGACAGAUACCUGUAUUUAUUGGAACAGGACUGCGUUGCGGAUGCACAUCUCGUGCAGCUGUUUGACCCAGUUACUUCCCCUAGAUGCUGUGCACUGAUUGCCAGAAAAAAAUCCUUGUGAUGUGGAACAAAGGAAAAGACAGUGCACUAGUUUGAUGUUGAAAUGUGAAAUUGACAUGAUGUUUAUGAUAUGAGAGUGCAUGUUUAUUACUGAAGAAUACUUGAAGUUAAAAUGUUAAUAAUUAAAUGUUUAUUUUGCAAAACUUCACUUGAAUUUCUUGAGGUAAAUUUGAGAAAGAAAUGAUGGUAUAGUCUUGCACGGAUACCUCAAACAUGUCGAGGAUUGAGGAAAUGUUUGAUACAUCCAUAAUUCGAGUCAGCUGAUAAUUUAAAAUUACAGAGAUACAAGUAUGAGUCGGGGGAUUAUGGAUAUUGUACGAGGUAUCCUUGAUUUCAAGUUUUCCGUGUUCAUUUUAUCUGUGCCUGAAUGUACUCCUAUUGAGAAUGGUGUCUGCUUCCUCAUUGAAAAAUAGUAAAUAAAUAGGACCUGGAAUCUACAGUAAAACCUGCCCUGACGACCAUCUAUAAGACGACCACCUGAAUAAACGGCCACUUUCCA